AUGGUUCAUUCUGAUCGAGACUCCGAUAAUGAUGGAGAUGGUGAGGUGAAUUCGCUUGUGGUACCACCCUUGGAGAAUGCAUCGAGUCAAGAGGAGAUUGUAGCAAAAUGGGUCAACCAAGAUGUCUUUAUGGACGCCGAUGAAAGAGAGAAUUUGGAGAAUGAUGAUAGUGAAGAUGAAAUGCAGAUGGACAUUCAAGUUGAACAUCCCACAAUUCAGGAGAAGACAAUUGAAGAUUCACCAAAAAAAAACUCAAGGGUUCAAAAAAGACAAAUGGCGUAUGCAAAUAAGGAAGGCAUUGUCUCCUACAAAGAAGACUAUGCUACUUCUGCUACGACGGCUAUGGAACGGGAGGGUAAGGAAGAUAAAGAUGAUAGGAUACUUAAUGAAAUAAAGGAGCUGACGAAUGCCAUAGAAGAAGAAAAAGGCAAAGAAACUUCUAGCAAAGAGACAAGCUAA